AUGUCUUCUCAGAGCAAAAUUGUUGCCCCAUUUCCUCACGGAGGAAACGUUGAUAGGAAGAGAGUUUCCUCGACUGGGAAUAGACAUGAAAGGUUCAUAUUUCCGCCACAGUGGGUUGCAUACAUGCUCUCCUCUCGUUCUCGUGUCCAACUAAUGUUCUGCCGCCAUGCUUCAAUUCGUCGUCUCAUAUCCGAUACAAACGGACGUGAAGCUAUGGCACCAAAUAAGUGCAUUUGGAUUGCGGCGACUGUUCUACAAUCGAGCUGGAUAACGAUAUCGAGCAUCUACUCCGUUCCCGUUUAUUUCCACAUAUUCUUCUGGCGCUACGCAGUAGCCCAGACUACAAUCCCUGAUAGGCUCGCCUCUACUUUGGUAUUCGUUGCUUGGUUCACUCAACAUGUCUCGGUACUGCACUUUUCUGAGGAACAUGUCAUUCUUACUCCUCUCUGCACUAAUCUAUGGCUCAGCUCUCUGGCCACCAUCUUUGCUUGUAUUUGGAUCGCCAUCCAUCCAAAUGUCCCAGGGCCGCACUUGAUGAAGAGAGGGUGGUUCUUCACCUCGGUUCUUCGUCGUACGGAAUUGAUGAUCGUCACCAUUUUCGCACCGGAGGUCAUAACCAUAUGGGCAUUACGCCAAUACUUCGCAGCACGGAGCAUUCGUAGGCUCUCUUCCAAGAUGACCCUGACACACGGCUUCCUCGUCUCCAUGGGCGUGUUUGUAUACUCGGACGAAAGUCCAGUUACCCGUCAAAAUCUAGAAGACGACCCCCGUCUGGUAGACCUACUAAGCGAAAUAGACAAAAAGGAAAUCGAUGACCGCAGCAAGGGCGAUGGCCUCUCUAAAGGACUCGCCAUCCUCCAAGCCACUUGGUUCAUAUUACAAUGUGCUGCCCGAAUAGCUCGCAACCUCCCCAUCACCAUCCUCGAAACAGUAGCCAUCGGCUACGCCGUUUUCACCGUCAUCAACUAUUGGGCAUGGUGGCAUACGCCACUCCAAGCCGGUCUACCUUCACCAUCUAUCCUAGACUCCCGACCACAACACUUCCGCCUGUUGAGCACGUUCUUCGGAGGAGAUGUCAUCGAACACGUUGCUGGUCCAUCUAAGGAAGAGGGCGCUCCUCGUCUUUGGUCAGGACAUCCGAACAACGACACACUGUUCUACGUCGUUACAGGCGGUGCGCUUCUCGGUACCCUCUUUGGGGCUGUUCAUUGCGCUGCCUGGCGCUCACACUUUGCGACGUCAAUCGAGAAAAACAUCUGGCGGGUGUCGUCGCUCUACAUUGCAUUCAUUCCUAUACCUAUCAUUGUUACGACAUUCACGGCUGAAAAAUUGGCGGCUUACUUUGGGUUUACCGAACGCGACCAGGAUAACCCCUGGUUUGGUGGUGCGUAUCGACUCCUUUGGAUCUUGUUCUAUAUGGUAUAUAUCGUGGCCAGAGGGUUUUUGCUUCUCGAGCCGUUUCUUGCGAUGAGGUCUCUCCCUCCCGGUGCAUUUGUAAAUAUUGAAUGGAUCGACUUCCUUCCACAUAUAUAAGAGAUAUUUUCCUCUUACUCUUACUUUAGUUAGAUUCGCUAGAAUUUCAUAUACAC